AUGUCGCGCGCUAUACAACGUCUUAUGAAAGAUUAUCGUAAAGCCGAAAAGUUAAUAGGCCGUUCAACAAAUGAAUCAUUUGCUGAUUUUACUAAUUCAGCUUCAUUUACAACACAAACAAUGACACAAAUAAGACGAGAACCAGAAUUAACACAAGAUGAAAAAAAAUAUCUUGUUGCUGUUGAACGUGGUGAUAUGGCUACAACUCGUCGAUAUCUUGCUAUAUCAUCAGGAACAACAGCAGCUUUACUUGAUGUUGACAUGCCAAUGACGCCAAUAAAUAUUAAUUGUCUUGAUCCAUUAGGUCGAAGUGCACUUUCCAUAGCAAUUGAAUAUGAAAAUAUUGAAAUGAUUGAAUUAUUACUUAGUUAUAAUGUUGAUACAGGUGAAGCCUUGUUACAUGCUAUUGAUGAAGAAUUCGUUGAGGCUGUCGAAUUACUUCUUCAACAUGAAGAUCUAAAACAACAACAACAAAAGAAUAGCAUUAAUGCAGAUAACAAUCGAUAUUCAAAUAAUAUUGGCAUAAAUGAUAAAUCUAAUCCAUUAUUCACUUUGGCUCAAGAUGCAUUAGAAAAAGAAAAAAAAGAACAACAAUAUGAUAUUACUCAAAAGUUGAAAUUGGCUUGGUCUUACUUUCGUCCAUCAAAGUCAAAUCUAUCUUCGACACAUAAUGGUAGUACUGCGGAUGACCUUGAGAAUUCGAAAUCUAAAUGGUCAUUUCUCCUACAGGCAGUACGAAAAAAGGAGCAGCAGCAAUCGGUGAAUGAACAACUUAAUUUGAGUACAUCUCGUUUGUAUACACCUGAUAUUACACCUGUUGUAUUAGCUGCACAUCGAGAUAAUUAUGAAAUACUUAAAAUUUUACUGGAAAGAGGAGAAAAAGUCACUGAACCUCAUGAUGUUCGUUGUGAUUGUGCAAAUUGUAUUGUAUAUAAUAAAGAAGAUAGUUUAAGACAUUCACGAUCACGUAUAAAUGCCUAUAAAGCUUUAUCAUCACCAUGUUAUAUAUCAUUAUCAAGUCGUGAUCCAAUAAUGACAGCAUUUGAUUUAAAUCGUGAAUUAAAACGUUUAUCACGUAUUGAAAAUGAAUUUAAACAAGAAUAUGAACAAUUAGCACAACAAUGUCAAGAAUAUAGUGCUGCUUUAUUAGCUGAAACACGUUCAUCAAAAGAAUUAGAAAUUAUAUUAAAUUAUGAUUCAGAAAAUCCACCAGUAUUAUCAGAAACACCAGAAAAAAUGAAUUUAUCAAGAUUAAAAUUAGCUAUACGUUAUAAACAAAAAAAAUUUGUUUCACAUGCACAUUGUCAACAAUUACUUGCUUCACUUUGGUAUGAAGGUUUACCUGGAUUUCGACGUCGUCAUUCAGUAAUUAAAAUAUUAAUAACAACAUUAGUUGGUUUACUUUUUCCAGUAUUAUCAAUUGCUUACUUAUUAAUGCCACGUAGUAGUAUUGGUCGUAUUAUGCGACAACCAUUUAUUAAAUUUAUUUGUCAUUCUGUUUCAUAUAUUUUCUUCCUUAUUUUACUUUUUGUUGUUUCAUUACGUAUUGAUUUUGCUAAAGUAUUAUCAGGUAUUGAAGAAGAAACAAAUGAAAGACGUGGUCCACCACCAAAUCCAGUUGAAAUAGCUAUUAUGUUCUAUGUUGCCGGAUUUAUUUGGGCUGAAAUAAAACAACUCUAUCAAGAAGGAUUACAUCAAUAUAUGGCGGAUACAUGGAAUUUGUUAGAUUGGGUUACAAAUUGUCUUUAUGUCGCUGCAAUAGUUCUGCGAGUCAUGGCUUAUAUUAAAGUAAAUCAAGAAGAACGUGAUCUUCAAAAUAAAUCAAUAUCUGUUCAUGGUUCUCAUAAUUCAUCUGGUGUACAUACACCUAAUCAUCCUAAUUUAACAGCUGAUCCCGUUAGUAUUUCAACAGGUCAUAAUGUUCGACGACGUGAUUGGAAUGCAUGGGAUCCAACAUUAAUAUCUGAAGGAAUAUUUGCUGCAGCAAAUAUAUUUAGUUCAUUAAAACUUGUUUAUAUAUUUACAAUAAAUCCACAUUUAGGACCAUUACAAAUAUCAUUAGGACGUAUGGUACAUGAUAUAUUAAAAUUUAGUGUUUUAAUAUUACUUGUUGCAUUUGCAUUUGCAUGUGGUCUUAAUCAAUUAUUUUGGUAUUAUGCACGAAUGAAAAAAAGUGAAUGUGAAUUAGAUGCAGGAUUUGAUGAAUAUUGUGCAAAAGAUAUUCAUAAACAUUUUUCAAAUCUAUUUGAAUCUUUGCAAACAUUGUUUUGGGGUACAUUUGGUUUAAUUGAUUUACAAACUUUUCAAAUAUAUAAAAAACAUACAUUUACAAUGUUUAUUGGUUUACUUAUGUAUGGAGUUUAUUCAUCAAUAAUGAUUAUUGUUUUACUUAAUAUGCUUAUUGCUAUGAUGAGUAAUUCAUAUCAAUAUAUAGCUAAUUCAACUGAAACUGAAUGGAAAUUUGCACGUGCAAAACUUUGGAUAAGUUAUUUUGAAGAUGGUUGUACUUUACCACCACCAUUUAAUAUUGUUCCAAGUCCAAAAUCAAUUUGUUAUGGAUUUGUAUAUAUUUAUAGUAGAAUAUUUGGUUGUUCAAAAUCACAUUUAAGAAAUCGAUGGCAAAGUAUUAAGAAAAUACUCAGUAAAAUCAAUGAACGUGAAAUAAAAUAUCAAACUGUCAUACGUGAAUUAGUUAAACGUUAUAUAAUGAAACGUCAACAAAAAGAUCAAACUGAAGGUGUAACAGAAGAUGAUUUAAAUGAAAUAAAACAAGAUAUUUCAGCAUUUCGUUUUGAAUUAUUGGAAAUUUUAAGUACUAAUGGAUUUAAAGUACAAUCAAUGAAGAAAAAUCCAGACACAGGCAAAUUUGAACCAGUAGAGGAAACUAUAAGAUCUGCACGUGUUGGUCGAAAACGUGGUAAAAUGAAUUUAGAAAAAACAAUUAAUAAAAAUAUGUUUGAUAUGUCAACAUCAAUACGUGAUAAAAAUCCAUUAGAAACAACGGAUUUAAUGAAAAAUGAUCAAUGUGAUACAAUAUCAAUACCACCAUCAUCAUCAUCAUCUAUAUUAUCAAAUCCAAAACAAAAAUUAACAGCACAAUUUAAACGUGCUAUAACAAUGAUUAAACAACGUAGUGAACCAACACGUGAAUCAUCUCCACUACAAUUUCAAACAUCAAUAUCAUUAAUGGAAAAACCAACUAAUUCAUUUGAUACAAGUUUAUUAACAAGUUUAAUUGAAGAAACAACAAAUGAUAAUAAUAUACUUUCAUCACAAGAAAUUUUAACAUCAAAAUCACAAUCAUUUGUUCAAAUAAAACCAACAAUUAUACGUUCAUCAUCAAAUCAAGAUACAGAUUCAAGUAGUACAACAGCUGCUACUGUUAUUGCAUUUGAUCAAACAACAUGUUCAAAUCAUCAUAAUCAAAAUACAUCAUCAUAUAUUAUUAAAUCAAAUUCACAAAAAAUUCAAUCACCGACAAUUCAAACAAUAAAUCAACAAUUUACAACACCACAAAUAUUAUCAUCAUCAUCUUCAGCAACAUUAAGUCCAACACCAAUAUCAUCAACAUCAGCUACAGGAUAUUUUCGAUCAUUACUUGAUGGUCGCGCACCAAUGGCUUCUCCUGAUCCACUUUCCGUAACUUCAGACGAGAGUUGUAAUACUCCUGAUUUGGACAUCUUGUGA